CUCCUCUCCGACACAAUCCUCCCACAGUAUACAGCCGAGAAUGCCUCGUCAGCCGAAAAGCAAGUCCAAGGCUAGCCGCAAUCUUCGGGUGAAAACUGGCUGUCUGAUCUGUAGACGCCGGAGGAAGAAGUGUGACGAAAACAAGCCAUCGUGUCAUGGCUGUCUUCGCAAUGGAUUCGGCUGUCAAUGGCCGCUAGAGACCGGAGAGGGGACAAGAUGGGUUCAAUGCCAACGGGCACAUACACAGACACAAACACCGCUACAACACCCCGAAUCGCCUUGUCAGGGUGCUUUGGACGAAGUUUCAAGGCCCUCGCCACCAGUGUCAUUGCCUACGGCUCGUGAGAAGACCAUCUCUCAUGCUAGCGUUCUACUCCCGAUUCAGCACGAUACUGUACCCACCACAGUAUCCCCAUCGCAGCUGGCUGAAAAUCCGCCAAGAUCGUAUACACCACCGAGGCAAAUUGAACCUAGCAUGGCCCCCACGCCCCGGAAUAUUGACGAAUCUCUCCCCUUGGAUAGAUCCCCUGGUCAAUUUUCUGAAAUUCCUGGCGACCGAUCAGCAAGUAUUGGGUUGUGUGCAUCGGAAUCGACAUCGGACCCAUGGACCCCGGGAUUUGACGCCGAUUCGUUCCAUAUAAUAAAUUACUACUUGCAAAAUACUGCCGUUGAUCUCGCAAAUGGGUCCACCCCAGAUAACCCUUUUCUCUACCAAAUGAUCCCCCUCGCAUUCUCCAGCGAGCUGAUGUUGUCCCUCAUUGUUGCCCAGGGCGUGGCCCAUGGUAAAGAAAAAGGAGAUACGACUGUUUCAUCCUCUUAUCAUUACCACUAUGUGAAAUCGCUCAACUCAUUGCAGAGGUAUAUCGGGCAGUAUGUUGCGGGGGACACUAACAAUCUGCUUGAGCUCACUGCCGGAGUGCUGGCAAUGUGUAUGAUUGAGGCGACCCGUGGUGACACCCAAGGCACUUGCUUCGAUCACGUCCUGGCCGCACGAUCUCUGAUCCACGAUCUCCUUUCUCGUCGUGACAUCCGGAUUCCUUCAUCUCUAAAAUAUUUUCUUCUCGAGUGCUACAUUUAUGUCGCAGCAUCGAGCUCGCUCCUUAGCAGCGGUAGACAUAAAUCCCAGGCCUGGAUAUCCAAGGAGGUCGCAGAGGCGGGACAGGAACUCAUAAAUAUCCGAUACAUCGGCAAUCUGAGCGGCUGCUGGCUUGCUCUGCUACUGCUCAUUCCACGAGUCGUCGAUUUCCGGCGUCAGUAUAUCACAUGCAUAGCAUCCAAGGGUGAGCCGAGCGUCGAUCUCAUGGUGAUGUUCGCCGAGCUGCACGCCGAGCUGGUUCAAUGGACCCCCGACCCGGCGGCAACGCCAGAUGUGGCCCUCGCAGGGAACAUCUAUCACCAAGCUGUUAUCGUAUUUCUUCUCAGUGCUGUGACGAAUGGGAAAAAUCGAUUUCUUUCGGGUCCUCUGGACAUGACGUUGGAGAAGCACAUAUCCCAGGGGCUGGAAUACCUGGCCAAGUUGCCGCUAUCUGCACGCUUAAAUACCAACCUCUGCUGGCCGAUCACGGUCCUUGGGUCCUGUUUAGACGAUCCUCACCAGCAAGACAUCAUUCGAAAUCGGCUCAUCUCGAAUCGAAAUCUGCUCGGCUUUCGAAAUAUAGCAUCGACGGCGUCCAUCUUGGAACACAUCUGGACGUGCUCGGAAGACGAAAGGGGGCCGUGGAAAACUCCUUGUGUUAUGGAUGCUAAUCAGUUAUGGAUCACAUUUGCUUGACACACAUGUCUUCAUUUCAGCUUGACGGUACGAGGAAUUCUUCAGCCAGGCAUAGUUCUGACGAGAGCGCCCUGUCAGAUAAGGGAUGUGCUGAAUGGUUGAAGUUGAUACCUUUGGGGGUGCGGUUGAGUGUAUGCUUUCGGACAGAACAGCGACCGCGGUAAACUCCCAAAACACCGGGCCAAUCAUUUGCGGAUAAUUGAGCGCGAUACGCGCCAGGAUCCACUCUUUGGGUCCACACGGUAUGGUGGUAUUAAUGUAGGCAAUUGCUAUUUGGACUGCACAAACUGCCUGUAUUGGACUAGCGCCGGCCCCACCCGCUCACACUAGGCGAUGAAUAGUAAGUAUAAUCACAUGAUCUAUUAUUUUCUUAGUAAUCUCGCUUAGUCCACCUACCUUGCCGGCCACCUC